AUGCCUCGGUUUCUUCUUCCUCUGUCUUCUUCUUCUCGUAUUUUGUCUUUGUCAAUAGCGAGGAGGACCUGGACUUUGAACAAGACAACACCCAGAUUCUUGUCUACAACACCAUACAAUAUGUCUGAGAGCAAGUGUCCCGUUGCCCACACAAAGGUGCCCAACGUCGCUGGUCACGGCGUCACUCACCAAAAGUGGUGGCCCGAGUCGCUCAAGACCAACAUUCUGCGACAGCACAGCAACGUCACCAACCCUUACGGCGAGAACUUUAGCUAUGCUGAAGCUUUCAAGUCGCUCGACUACAAUGCCCUCAAGGAGGAUUUGCGCAAGUUGAUGACCGAUUCGCAGGACUGGUGGCCUGCUGACUUUGGUCAUUACGGUGGUCUCAUGGUGCGACUGUCAUGGCACAGCGUUGGAACAUACCGUGUCUUUGACGGUCGCGGUGUACUCAACAUCACCUCAAUUGCAUUCAUCUCUAACAAUUUCCACAGGAGAUUCGCUCCCCUCAACUCGUGGCCCGACAACGUCUCUCUCGACAAGGCUCGCCGCCUCCUCUGGCCCGUUAAGCAAAAGUACGGCAACAAGAUCUCAUGGGCCGACCUUAUCGUCCUCGCUGGCAACGUCGCCCUCGAGGAUAUGGGCUUCAAGACCCUUGGCUUCGCUGGUGGCCGAGAGGACACCUGGGAGGCUGAUGAGGCCACUUACUACGGUGGUGAGGAUACCUGGCUCGGAAACGACGUCCGUUACUCCAACGGAAGCAAGGGAACCACCAAGCCUGGUGCCACCGACUCGGAUCAGCCCGCGAACACUGAUUAUCACAACCGAGAUCUCGAGAAGCCUUUGGCUGCUGCUCACCACGGUCUCAUCUAUGUUAACCCUGAGGGUCCUGAUGGUAACCCCGACCCCGUCGCUGCCGCCCGUGACAUCCGCGAGACCUUCGGCCGCAUGGCCAUGAACGACGAAGAGACCGUUGCUCUGAUUGCUGGUGGUCACACCGUCGGCAAGACCCACGGAGCUGGCUCAACCGACCACGUCGGCCCCGAGCCCGAGGCCGCCGACCUUGCCCAGCAGGGUCUCGGCUGGUCCAACAGCUACAAGAGCGGAAAGGGUCCCGACACAACCACAUCUGGUAUUGAAGUCACAUGGACAAGCACUCCCGUCAAGUGGAGCCAUGACUACCUCAAGUACCUCUUCCAGUUUGAGUGGGAGCUUACAAAGAGCCCUGCUGGCGCUCACCAAUGGGUUGCUAAGGAUGCCGCCGCUACCGUCCCUGAUGCCUAUGACUCCAGCAAGAAGCACAGGCCUAGCAUGUUGACCACCGACUUGUCGCUUCGCUUCGAUCCUGAGUACGAGAAGAUCUCUCGUCGUUUCCUUGAGAACCCCCAGGAGUUUAACGAUGCCUUCGCCAAGGCUUGGUUCAAGCUCACUCACCGUGACAUGGGUCCCCGCGACCGUUACCUCGGCCCCGAGGUCCCCAAGGAGAUCUUCAACUGGCAAGACCCCGUCCCCGAGCGUGACUACAAGCUCGUCGACGACGGUGACAUCUCUGCUAUCAAGAACGAGAUCCUCAAGUCUGGCAUUGACGUCUCCAAGCUCGUCUCUACUGCUUGGGCUUCUGCUUCUACUUUCCGAGGCAGUGAUCUCCGCGGUGGUGCCAACGGUGCUCGUCUCCGUCUUGAGCCCCAGAAGAACUGGGAGGUCAACAACCCCUCUCAAUUGGGCCAGGUUCUCAACGGCCUUGAGAAGAUCCAGAAGAACUUCAAUGACUCCCAGUCCAGCGGCAAGGCCAUCUCUCUGGCUGAUGUGAUCGUCCUUGCUGGUUCCGCUGCCGUCGAGAAGGCUGCUAAGGAUGCCGGUGUCAACGUCACCGUGCCCUUCACUCCUGGCCGCACCGACGCCACCCAGGAACAGACUGAUGUUAAGUCUGUUGGUCACUUGGAGCCCGCCGCCGACGGUUUCCGAAACUACGGCGCCUCCACAGACCGCGUCAAGCUCGAGCACAUGCUCAUUGACCGUGCUCAGCUUCUCACUCUCAGCGUCCCCGAGAUCACCGCUCUUGUUGGUGGUCUUCGUGCGCUCAACACCAACUGGGAUGGAUCAUCCCACGGUAUUCUCACCAAGCGCCCUGGUGUCUUGUCCAACGACUUCUUCGUCAACCUCCUCGACAUCAACACCGAGUGGAAGCCUGUCGGCAACGGCGACCUGUUCGAAGGUAUUGACCGCAAGAGCGGCAACAAGAAGUGGACCGGUACCCGCGUCGAUCUCGUCUUUGGAUCGCACGCUGAGCUCCGCGCGACAGCUGAGACUUAUGCUGAGGCUGGCGGUAGCGAGAAGCUGGUUCGCGACUUUGUCGCUGCUUGGACCAAGGUGAUGAACCUGGACCGAUUUGAUGUUAAGAAUGGUAAUGCGCCUAAUGUCUCUCCUCGACUGUAA